AUGUCUCAUGAAACUAUAAAAACCAUAAUUUAUUCCGGCGAAAGUAAAUUCAAUCUUAUUGGAAAUGAUAAUAGAGUUUUUACUUGGAGAAAGCCGUGUACAGGCCUUUCUCCAAAAAAUAUUUUGGUACAGUUAUAUACUAAGGAAGGCUCUGUAAUGGUGUGA